AUGUCGGCCAAAGCAAUUCGCGAAUUUGACGGAAAGCGCAUAUUGUCCACAAGUUUGCCAGACUUUAACCUCAACAAAUGCUUUGCUCAAGUGGCAGUAAACAAAAGUUUUGCUGGUCAAAGUCGUGAAGAUUUCUUCAGCGUGAUUGAAACUCAGAGCCCAUGGCUCACGAAGCUAGGCGACAUGAAGCUUGCGGUAAAGCCUGACCAACUUAUUAAACGCCGUGGCAAAGCCAACCUGCUACUGCUCAAUGCUACGUGGGCUGAAGUGCAAAAUUGGGUCUGGGAGCGCAUUAACAAACCUAUUCAAGUAGAGACUGUUACAGGAGUGCUGACGCACUUCAUUGUCGAGCCCUUUAUAAAACACAAUGCCGCUGAUGAGCACUACGUGUGCAUCGUGUCGAAUCGCGAUGGAGAGGACAUUCUUUUCCAUCACGAAGGUGGCGUGGACGUUGGCGACGUUGACAGCAAGGCUAAGCGCUUGCAGAUCGGCAUUGAAGACACUGUUUCCGAGGACGAAGUGUCAACUGCCUUGCUGUCGUCGGUCGAAGAAGCACGUCAACCAAUUUUAUCCAAGUUCCUUGUUGCAAUGCUCGCCAAGUUCCGUGAAUUACACUUUGUCUACAUGGAAAUCAAUCCGAUUGUUCUUGUGGGCAAUCAGAUUUCCGUUCUUGACAUGGCUGCUAAAAUUGACGAGACAGCCAGUUUUCUUGUUGGUGACCGAUGGGGAGACAUUGAAUUUCCUCCAGCUUUUGGUCGUGCCAAAUUUCCUGAGGAGGAAUUUAUUCAGGAUCUAGACUCCAAAACGGGUGCUUCGCUCAAACUCACAAUUCUUAAUCAUACGGGACGUAUUUGGACAAUGGUUGCAGGUGGUGGUGCCUCAGUUGUUUAUGCAGAUACGAUUGCAGACUUGGGUUAUGGUCACGAAUUGGCUAAUUAUGGCGAGUACUCGGGUGCCCCCAGCGAGACACAUACGUAUCACUACGCAAAGACUAUCCUGGACCUAAUGACUCGCAACUUUGAUGAGCGUGGUAAAGUACUCAUUAUUGGUGGUGGCAUUGCCAACUUCACAGACGUUGCACUGACUUUUAAGGGCAUUAUUCGUGCUAUUCACGAAUAUCAACAAAAGCUUAAAGACAAUAAAGUGCACAUUUGGGUGCGUCGUGGUGGUCCCAAUUGCCAGGAGGGUCUGAGUGUAAUGCGAGAGGUAGGCGAAGCGACUGGUGUGCCGAUCGAGGUUUUUGGUCCCGAAACGCACAUCACAGCUGUUGUUCCCAUGGCUCUUGGUCUUGUAGACAAGCCUACAUCGGGAGUCGGACUGCCUGUUGCCAACGCUGUUGGUGGUGCGAAGCCAAUUUCUAACAAAUCAGCUUCAAAUGAAGGCAGUACUAUCGUUAGCGAAUAUGAAGAGGCUGAAAGUGUCGAUGUGCUCGAAAGCAAAGCCGCUGCUACGACAAAAGCACCUGUGGUUAUACAGGAUGAAAGUAUUGUGCGUAUGAAUGAUAAGACACGAUGCAUUGUUUACGGUCUGCAGCAGCGCGCUGUUCAAGGAAUGCUUGACUUUGAUUAUCUGUGCAAUCGAAAGACGCCUAGCGUUGCGGCUCUGAUUUUUCCUUUCUCGCCCAACCAUUAUCUUAAAUUCUAUUGGGGCACAUCAGAGCGUCUCAUUCCAGUGUUCCAGAAGCUGUCGGAUGCCGUCAAGAAGUUUCCGGACGUGAGCGUACUGAUCAACUUUUCAUCUUUCCGUUCCGUUUACCAGUCUACUAUGGAAGGCUUUGAGCACAGCGACACUCUCAAGACGCAUGCUAUCAUAGCGGAGGGCGUGCCUGAGCAACAAUCGCGUCUGAUCUCAAAGAAGGCGCGAGAGCUUAAUGUCGGCAUUAUAGGUCCUGCUACGGUUGGUGGCAUCAAGCCGGGGUGUCUACGUAUCGGUAACACUGGUGGUAUGCUUGAUAACAUUGUACAGUCAAAGUUGUAUCGACCUGGUAGUGUGGCUUACGUGUCCAAGUCUGGUGGCAUGUCGAACGAGCUGAACAACAUCGUAUCACAAAUGACCGACGGUGUGUACGAGGGAGUUGCCAUUGGUGGUGACAAAUACCCAGGUUCCACAUUCAUUCAGCAUCUGCUACGCUAUGAGUCUAACCCAGAAAUCAAGAUGAUGGUUCUUCUUGGCGAGGUUGGCGGUACUGACGAGUUCGCUGUCUGUCGUGCCAUACAGUCGGGUGCGAUUAAAAAACCGGUGAUUGCUUGGUGCAUUGGUACGUGUGCUAAGAUAUUUCCAUUCGAAGUUCAAUUUGGCCACGCUGGUGCUUGCGCAACGGGUGAAUCGGAGACUGCUUCAGCUAAGAAUGCAGCGCUGGCUGCUGCCGGUGCCAUCGUUCCGGAAAAUUUCGACCAAUUUGGCAACGCUAUUCGCAAGCAGUUCGUCGCAAUGGUUGCGUCGGGUGCAAUUGUACCGCGCCCUGAAGUUCCGGUCCCUCGGGUUCCUAUGGAUUAUGCCUGGGCCAAGAACCUUGGGCUUAUUCGUAAGCCUGCCAACUUUAUUUCGUCCAUUUCGGAUGACCGUGGUGAGGAGCUGCGAUACUCUGGUACUCCAAUUUCUAAAGUCUUUGAGCAAGAUUUGGGUGUUGGCGGCGUCAUCGGUCUGCUUUGGUUUAAGCGCAAUUUGCCGGCUUACGCUUCGAAAUUCAUUGAGAUGGUGCUCAUGGUCACAGCUGACCAUGGCCCGGCUGUUUCUGGCGCCCAUAACACAAUUGUUACUGCUCGUGCCGGCAAGGACCUGAUUUCCUCGCUCAUUUCGGGUCUCGUAACAAUUGGCCCCCGCUUUGGUGGCGCCUUAGACAAAGCUGCUGAGAUGUUUGCGAGCGCGCAUGACUCGGGUUUGUCAGCAGCAGAUUUUGUAGUAGAUAUGCGCAAACAGAACAAGCUCAUUAUGGGAAUAGGUCACCGUAUCAAGUCGCUGUCCAAUCCAGAUAAGCGUGUGACCAUAAUCAAGGAAUUUGCCAAAGCUAACUUCCCGUCUACGGAUGUGCUGAACUUUGCUCUUGAGGUGGAGCAGGUAACGACGAAAAAACGCAGCAAUCUCAUUCUCAAUGUCGACGGCUGCAUCGCCGUCUGUUUUGUCGACCUGUUGCGUAAUUGCGGGGUCUUCACCUUGGAGGAAGCGAACGAGCAGAUUGAAAACGGUUGCCUCAACGGCUUGUUUGUGCUAGGUCGCAGCAUUGGUUUUAUUGGCCAUUUCCUCGAUCAGAAGCGUCUCAAGCAGCCGCUGUACCGCCACCCGUGGGAUGACAUUUCGUACCUGGACGAUGAAAUAUAA